GAGUGAUCAUACGCAACAUGCUAUAAUAGUCUAAUAGUAUCACUUGAUUAUUAUACUACUACUACUCUAUAUUGGAUGGAUCUUACUAUUCAAGCUCUCCAUUGACUUCCGAGCUUUUGUGAUAGUUAUAUUGUGUUUUGUAUGUGAGAAAUUGGUCCAUUAAUUGAUCAAACCUGUUAAGACAAAAACAGUGACAAAUAUGGAAAUUACACAUAAAGAUCAGCCCAACUCGAGGAAAACCAUAGGGGUGAUAGGAGCCGGAAUCAGUGGGUUGCUGGCAUGCAAGUACGCGCUCCAGAAGGGAUUCCUUCCGACAGUUUUCGAAGCUCACGACUCCAUCGGUGGGGUCUGGUCGUCCAACGUUAUAACCACUACUAAGCUCCAGACUCCAAAGUACCAGUUCCAGUUCUCCGAUUUCCCUUGGCCGGAUUCCGUGGCAGAGGAGUUCCCACAUCACCGCCAAGUUAUGGAUUACCUUACCCGGUAUGCGCUUCACUUCAAGUUGCUCCCACAUAUUAAGUUCAACCACAAAGUCAUCGGCAUUGACUAUGUCUCGUCGUCAUCGGAAGAAGAGGAUCAACAAUUCCUCUGGGGUGGGUCGGGUCAUGCGUUCUCGGAUCGAGGCAAGUGGAAUGUCACGGUGCAAGACAAUUCGGUGAAUCCAAAUCCUUCCCACCACCAACAUUCUCACCAGGAAUACAUAUUUGAUUUUGUGAUGGUGUGCAUUGGGAAAUACAGCGACGUUGCCAACAUUCCACAAUUCCCAAUGAACAAAGGUCCAGAAGUGUUUCAGGGCAAAGUGUUGCAUUCCAUGGACUAUGCUGCACUACUAACCGACAACAAUGCCGCCGCUUCUCCUCAUGACUUGGUUCAAGACAAGCGGGUCACCGUCAUUGGUUUCCAGAAAUCCGCCCUUGAUAUUGCUUCCCAAAUCUCUCAACUUAAUGGGACGAAGAAUCCAUGUACGUUGGUGUUUAGGAGAGCACACUGGUCAGUGUCGGAGGACGUAGUUGUACAAUCAUUCAAGAACCUCAACCGAUUCUCGGAGCUCAUGGUCCAUAAGCCCAACCAAGGUUUCUUCCUAUGGCUCCUCGCUCUUUUGCUCUCUCCCAUGCUAUGGAUAUAUUCAAAGAUCACGGAGAGGUACCUGAAAAGGAAAUACCCUAUGGCAAAGUACAACACGAUUCCAGAACACCCCUACCUGAAUCAGAUACGCACGUGUACUUUGGCAGUUUUGCCCCCAAACUUCUACGACAAAGUCAGCGAAGGAAGCAUUAUCCUUAAGAAAUCCCAUUCUUUCCACUUUUGUGACAAGGGUAUAGUGGUCACUAGCGUCAACCGACAAGAAGGAGAAAAAGAAGCAGAGGAGGAAAACGUGGAGAUAGUGGAAGCAGACGUUGUCAUUUUUGCAACAGGGUAUGCAAGUCAACACAAAUUGGCCAGCAUUUUCAAGUCAACCGACUUCCAGAAAUGCAUAUCUGGACUGUCGGCUCCUCUCUACAGGUACUAUAAUAUACCUUCAAUUCAACAUUAAUGUUAGUCCAUAGGUCUACCUACUUGACAAGCCCAAUUGGUUACAUAUAUCUGACCUUCUUAUUAUUUCGUUUUCGUCCGGGGUUGCCCCAGUUUUAUUAAUAAUUUAUUACUCCCGUUCAAAUGAUUGUUGUAUUUUCAUUUUUUUUUUUUGAAAAUACAAAAAUUGUACUACUAAGAAUAAAAAUCAAAAGUGAACAAUUAUUUUGAAGUACAAGAGAAUUUCAUAUACACAUAAAUAAUAAGAUUCAUGAAAAGUAUCUCUGUAUAAAGAAUUUGUUAAUAUCCAUUUGAGGCAAUGGCCAUGUAUGUGAGAGUAGUUAGACCACUAGAGAAACAUUAUUGAUCAAUAGUUAAGUUUUGGUGAAAAAUUAGAGACCGAAUUGAAUAAGAUUUCUAAAAAUUUGAAGGACAUGCAAUGUUGGUGUUCUAAAAAACUUUUAUAGAGAUUAAAAAAGCUGCUACAUUGUUAGUAAAGUGGGUACAUAUAUAUAUAUAUAUGUUUUGUACUUCUUCAUUUCUUCAAUAUAUAUAUGAUUUUCUCACCAAGUCAUUGUAUAAUUAAAAAUGAUGGGUGAAAUUCAUAACAUUGUGAUGAAUAUAGGGAAUGUAUUCACCCAAAGAUACCAAACUUGGCAAUAUUGGGAUAUUCAGACAGUCAUGCAGUAUUGUACUCAACUGAGAUGAGAGCCAAAUGGUUAUCAUGUUUUCUUGAAGGAAGAUUUAAGCUCCCAAAGAUAAGAGACAUGGAAGACAAUGUGACAAGGUGGGAGAACUGCUUGAGGAAGCAAUACUCAGGUGUCGGCGGUGACCAUAACGGUGCUCAAAUUUAUAGACCAACCUGCGUUAGCGUGAUGCUUCAGAUUUACUGCAAUGAUGAGAUAUGCAAAGACUUGAAUUGCAAUCCCAGAAGGAAGACAUCCAUUUUUUCUGAACUUUUUGUUCCUUAUGGUCCUUCUGAUUAUAUUGAUGUGGGGAAUUAAUUCAAUAACCAAAAUAGUCCGAUAUAUUCAUUUACAGAUAUCUACUCAUGUAUUUUUUUUUUUUUUAAUACUAUCUCAAUGGAAUUACAACCUCAACCUCAUGAUAAUAACAAAAUUUUUCACAAAAACACUUUAACCACCCCACCCAAUUACCUUCCUCCUAUUCAUGUAUUCUUACAUACAGAGGUCUCCCUCACUUUUUUUAUUAUUUAUCUCUAAAAGAGAAGAUGUAUUGGUGUUAAAAAAAAAUGUAUAACUCG